GGAACUAGUUCCGUGUUUACGAACAAGAAUGGGCAACGAGCAAAACAAUUACGGAAGAUAACCACAAAACGAAGGUGGAAAUUUAUGAAAAACUGUGAAAAUCGCGUGUGAAAACGGUGGCGCAUUGAAAAUGGUGCUGCGAUCGGGAAUUAUAAUUCCGUUUCAGUUCCGCGACACGAAGAAGCUUCUGAUGAUCGGAGUGCCCGAGGAAAAUCGCAACCUCAACAUAUGGGACCUAAAGAAUGUUGUGCGCGCCGCCUUCGGGAUCUACAACUUUGAGUUCCGGAACAAAAAGAUUGGGUUUAACAUCCCGGAUGAACUGCUGCUCCACUAUCUGGCCCAAAGGCACGACCUCACCAAUUUCGUUAUAGAAAUCAGUCAAGUGUACGAUGCGGCCUUGGAUAACUUUAUGCAGAAUCGGCAGUGCCGCUGUGCGGAUCAGAAAUUACUCGGCGAGUCGCCGACUCCCGAAGAGCCCACCAAUCUGUGUCAGGCAAACAAUGUGCUGGAGGUCGCGCCUACGCCCAUUAUGGCUUUGCCACCAUGUGAAGAGGAGGAGCAUGAACCCGACCACGACCACGAGCACGAAGAGAACAUUAAGUAUCGGAUUGACAAGGACAGCAGCGGGACUGCUUCGGCGGACUUGGGCAUGCCCGCCUACGAAGCCUGUUCCCCGAAGAUGGACUACGACACGCAGGACGAGCUGCCCGACUCGCCGCACUCGCAGCCUUUGCCGCCACCGCCUUUGCCUUUGUCAGCGGCAUUGCCGCUGCCGCUGCCUCCGCCGCCCACCUCGCACCACCAGCACAUAGCCCAGCACCAGCAACAGCACGAGGAGGAGCAGCAUCAACUGCUGCAGGAGCGCAUCCAACACGAGUAUAUGAUCCAGCAGCAGCAACAGCAUCAGCACUUGCAGCAGCAGCAACAGCAUUUGGCCCUCCUGCAGCAACAGCAGCAGGAACAGCAACAGCACCAGCAGCAGCAACAGCAGGGAGUCAACAUGGCCAUGGGCUCGACUACCACCAAUAACAUUCGGCAACGCAAGGAACGCAUGUCUAAGCGGCAGAAGGAACUUUACGUUCAUUUUCUACAACAGCACCAGUUUAUCAACGACCACCGCCGCAACGACCCCGUGCUGGAUCCGUAUUGGUUGAAGCUGGCCAACCUUCUAAACGCCGUGCCGCAGGGCGCAGUGAAACACGUGACGGAGUGGAAGCAGACCUUCGACAACUGGCGUUACCGCAUCUUCCUGUACGCGCGCUACAACUCGAAGCUGCAGGACGAGGAGGCGCAGAAUCCACGCAAUUUCAAGCCGCUGACACGCACUGACAAGCAGGCCUACAUCAUGUGGAUCCGCAAUCCCGACACGGCGCCUCCCGAUCUGGACAAAAUGCGCAAUGUCUUCUGCAACAUGGAGGAGACGGCGGUGCACCAGGAAUAGACGCUUGUGGAAUUGCCAUUGUCGUAGCUGUAGAAUUGAGAAACUUGUUUGAUUUGUUAACUGUGCGUAUGUGUGUCACUGUUUUUCCUGUUUUGGGGAAUGUAUUUUCGUUUUCGUUUUCCUUUUAGUUUUUGUCAUUGUUAUACUUAUAUGAAUAUAUAAAGUGUGGAUUUUUUUCAAUGAGUGCUAAGUUUA